AGCCCUCUCUUUCUUCCUUUCUUCUCCGCCCGAGCUUCCCUCUCUUUUCCUCAGUCCGAGCGCUGCCGCCGGCGCUGUCCACCACCAGAAGGCCGAGCAGGAGCGGGAGGAGCGCCACCUCGACGACGAAGAGCGCGAGCAAGAGGAUCCGGACGUGAAGCCACUGCCGAGCCUAGAGAACCGCGAGCUCGCCGCGACGCCGGCCUGCUGCCCCUGCACUGAGCCGGCCCUGCCUCACCUCGCCACGGCCGCACCGACUCCCUGCAUCGCCUUGACCUCUGACGAGCCCCACGGACUCGGAAGAUCCCGAAGACCCAAGCUACAUCAAGAGGAGGAGGUUCAGUGAAGGACACUCUAGGUCGCUUCAGCAUGCUCUCUGAGCUGAAUUGAGAACUGGAUAUGUUGGGCCUAGCAUCCCUUCGCUUCACUGCUUUCCGCUCCCAUGCCUCCGCCUCCACCUGCGGUGGAAACACCUCGCUUGCAGAUGGAGGUCGGCUUUCGUUUCUUGUGCCGGAGGUGGACCAAGUGGACACAGUGCCACCGGAGAAUAUGCACAAAUGGAGGAUGGUGAUCGCCUAUGACGGGACAAAGUUCAAAGGUUGGCAGUAUCAACCAUCGCCUCCAACCAUACAAUGCUUUUUGGAGAAUGCACUGAUACGCAUCACUAAGCUGGAUCGGAAGAAGCUAUGCUUGGUUGGUGCAGGCAGGACAGAUACAGGUGUUCAUGCAUGGGGUCAGGUGGCACAUUUCACUACACCCUUUGCUUAUGAUUGCCUCCAUAGCAUUCAUUCUGCAAUCAAUGGACUUCUUCCUCCUGAGAUUCGAGUCAGGGAAAUUAGUGCCGCACGUCCUGAGUUCCACGCUCGUUCAUCCACAAAGAGCAAAAUCUAUCACUACAAGAUCUAUAAUGAAGCAAUCAUGGACCCCUUUCAUAAUUGUUAUGCUUACCAUAGUGCUUACAAACUUAAUCCGCAUGCCAUGCGACAGGCUGCAAAACACUUUGUUGGAAUCCAUGACUUCACAUCUUUUGCUAAUGCAGCACAUAAUGAUCGGGAACGCAGUCCCAUAAAGAAGAUUACACGAUUUGAUGUUACUGAAAUGGGUGCUCUCUUACAGCUUGAGGUUGAAGGCACAGGUUUUCUGUACAGACAAGUGAGGAACAUGGUAGCUUUGCUGCUUCAAGUUGGAAAGGAAGCCCUGCCUCCUGACAUCGUUCCAGUGAUAAUUGCGGCAAGGGACCGCAAAGAACUGGCGAGGGUGGCCUUAUCAGCACCACCACACGGAUUGUAUCUCAUGUCGGUUAACUAUGACGAGGAAAUCCUGAAGCCACCUGAAGGUUCCCCUCCAAAUUCCUUUGGUAGGACACACCAGCUUAGUAAAUGCAGAAUUCCAUUUUACUAAUGAAGAAUUAUGUGCCAGAAAUAUACCAUCUUUUAGUUGCCUCCUACAGUUUCCUUGGAACUGUCAACCAGAGGACCUGAAUGCCUGCUAGUUUCUGGGUACAGGAUCUGGUCAAGGGACCCUUACAAGUUAUCUCUUUACACUCAUCGAUUCUUUUCCUAACGAAGUAACGAACAAUUGUUUUGAGUGAAUAGUAGAUUCAUCUGUGAAUGUCAGUAAACUGAUUCUUGGAGCAAA